AUGCGCAAAAUGGCGAUUAAACCAGACUGGCUCACUUCAGGGCCUCAAAUGCGAAAAUGUCCCUACUCGAGACCCCAUUCUUCACCCUGCAGAUUAUAUUCAAAGAAUGUUUUUCAAGAUAUGUUCAGACCUUCUUCCUCAACCCCAGCUGUUGCAAAUCCAAUACUGUCCUUCUUAGACGUUAAACGGAUUUUAUUUCAAAAAAUUACCGAUAGAGGGGAUGAGUUGAAGAAAGCCUUUCAGCUGCUUGAUCCCGGUCAGAACCUGACGGUGUCAAAAAAUGAACUGCGAAGAACCAUCACGGGCUUCCUGAUGCCCCUCACGAGAGAACAGUUCCAAGACGUGUUGGCUCAGAUCCCCCUCACCCGCUCUGGUGCUGUACCGUACCUUGAAUUCCUGUCCAGGUUUGGUGGAAUUGACCUAAAUAUAAAUGUUCUAAAGAAGGGAAGUGAGAAUGAAAUGAAUUGCUGCCGGACAUUAAAAGAACUUGAAAUCCAAAUUGGAGAAAAGGUUUUCAAAAACAUUAAAACCAUUAUCAAAGCCUUUAACCUUAUUGAUGUUAACAAGACUGGACUGAUUCAACCACAUGAACUAAGAAGAGUUCUGGAGACCUUCUGUUUGAAGUUUAGGGAUGAGGAAUACUGCAAGUUUUCAAAACACUACAACAUCGAUAAAGAACCUACAGUGGAUUACAAUGCUUUUUUGAAGAACCUUAGCAUAAAUAAUGACUUGAACCUUAGAUAUUACAUGAUAAACCAAGAUGUCUCAUGUGAACAUCAACAAGGCAAAAGUCCCAAAAAGGAGCAUUUACUCAAUUACAUGUCAUCUAAAGAUGUCUGGAAAUACUACACCCUAGAUGAGCUUGGCAGUGCCUUUUACCAAGAGUUUUCGAAGUCCUUUGAAAAGAUUGAAAAGGCUCUCAGUGCAGGGGACCCAGCUAAAAGUGGUUAUGUGUCUUUUAAUUACCUAAAGGUUGUCCUUGACACCUUUAUAUGCCAAUUACCAAGAAGAGUUUUCAUCCAGUUAAUGAAAAGAUUUGGACUUAAGGCCACCACAAAAAUCAAUUGGAAGCAAUUUCUAACAUCAUUUCAGGAGCCUCAGGACAUGGACAUUAACAUCAUGGUUCCUCCAAGAAAAAGAAACAGCAUCAACUCUAGAAAUCAAUCUUGCAAGAAAGACACUGUCACAAAGUUAUUUACACGCUCUGAUGACCGCUUUGCCUCGCUCAAGACAGCAUUACUGAUAAUCAAUGCCAAAACUAACGGACAGAUAUCAGAGCAAGAAUUGCGACAGGUUCUAGAUAACAAGGUGAUAAAACUCAACGAUGCGGAUUUCAAAGAGCUGAUGCAAACGCUGGACCCCGGGGGCACCGGGAUGGCCAAGGUCAGCACAUUCAUCGAUCUGCUUGAAGAGAACCCUAAGGUGAGAAAAUAUCCCCCUGUACAGACUCUAAGGACACCUCUCCUCCUGGCUUGGGGUUCUCUGAAAGAAGCCGUGCGUGAGGCCAUUAACAGGAGCCCACAGGCUUUUUACAGCAUGCUGCGAACAUCUGAUACUGCAGACACAGGGAUCCUUGGUCGAAGUAAUUUCAAGAGAAUCAUGCUUAUAUUCUGCCCAUUUUUAACAAACAAACAUUUCGUGAGACUCUGCAGUAAGUUUCAGGAUAUUGCUUCAGGAGGCAUCCUCUAUAAGAAACUUUUGGAAAGCCUAGGAAUUAAUGUUCUGCCCACCGUCUCUUCAGCUCCUGCUCCAAAGGAUCCCUUCUGUGCCCAUUUUCAUAAAGCAGAACAGGAGCACCUGGACCUUUCUGAGAGAACCAAGCCCACCAAGGAGAAAACCACCCCGGCCAAGAAUAUGACCAAAGAAGAAGUUAUCGAAAAACUCAAAAACUGUAUCCAGCAGCAGGACCCAGCAUUCAGAAGACGGUUUCUUGACUUUGGCAAAGAACCUAAUGGGAAAAUCAGUGUGCGUGAAUUUAGGAAGGUACUGGAAGACACUGGAAUGCCCAUGGAUGAUGACCAGUAUGCUCUGCUGACCAGAAAAAUAGGCUAUAAGGAGGAAGGGAUGAGUUAUCUUGAUUUUGCGACAGGUUUUGAAGACAUUCCGAGGAGUGGGCCAGAAGCAUCUCCACCUCAGACUCCAGUUUAUUCAAAAAGCCGCCAGAACAGCCACUUCAUAACUGCUGAAGAGUGCCUGAAACUUUUCCCCAAGAGACUGAAGGAGGAGUUCCGGGACUCCUACUCCGCCUUCUUUAAGAUGGACACUGACAUGGACGGCAUCAUCAGCAUGCGGGAUCUGCACAGGUUGCUGCUGCAGAUGCUGCUGAACCUCAAGGAUGAAGAGUUCGAGCGCUUCCUGGCCCUUCUUGGCUUGAGACUUAGCGUCACUUUAAAUUUUCGGGAAUUUCGAAAUCUGUGUGAAAAGAGACCGUUCAGAGGCGACGAGAGGCCUCAGAGGAUCAUCAGACCAAAACAGAAGGUCACAGAUUCAGACCUGGCUUGUGAACAGGCCCAUCAGUAUCUUGCUACCAAAGCGAAAAACAGAUGGUUAGACUUGUCCAAGCACUUUCUGGAAACUGACAGCGAGGGCAAUGGCAUCCUCCGACGGUGGGAUAUAAAGAACGCCCUGUACGGGUUUGAUAUUCCCCUCACACCGAAAGAAUUUGAGAAGCUUUGGUUGAGCUAUGACACCGAGGGAAAAGGGCACAUUACUUACCAAGAGUUUGUACAGAAAUUGGGUAUUAACUAUUCCCCAACUUCCCACCGGCCUUAUGCAGAGGAUUAUUUCAACUUCAUGGGUCAUUUCACGAAGCCACAACAGAUACAAGAGGAGAUAAAGGAGCUGCAGCAGAGCUCAGAGAAGGCCGCGCCAGCCAGGGAUAAGCUUAUGGACCAUUAUCAAGAUAUCAGCAAAGCACUCGCCAAAAUCGAUAAAUCUAAAAAUGGCUACAUAUCGAUACACAAGUUGCAGAAAGUGCUGCAAGAAUGUGGCUGUCCUCUGAAGGAAGAGGAGCUGACCAAUCUUCUGACCAGUUGGGGAAUCGGCUGGCCCAAUAAUUCUGUCAGUUACCCUGACUUCUGGAGAGCGCUGGAGAACAGCAAGCCAAGACCUCCAGCGAAGGAGAAGGAGGAGAACCUGCUGGUGGACUUCUCAACGCUGCCUCCGGAGGAGGUGGUGAGGACCAUCCAGGACGUCGUCGACUCCGCCCAUCCCGCGUUGUUAAAGGCAUUUUCUGCACUGGAUAAAGAGGACACCGGGUUUGUAAAGGCUGCAGAAUUUGGACAAGUUAUUAAGGAUUUCUGUUACAAACUCACAGAUAAUCAAUAUCAUUAUUUUUUGAGGAAGCUAAGAAUUCAUCUAGUCCCAUAUAUAAAUUGGAAAUAUUUCCUCCAGAACUUCAGCUAUUACCUUGAGGAGACAGCUGAUGAGUGGGCCGAGAAAAUGCCCAAGGGCCCCCUACUCAGCUCUCCCGUGGACAUGGCCACCAAAGACCUCCUGGCUCGGCUCCACAAAGCAGUGACUUCCCAUUACUAUGCCAUCACCCAGGAGUUUGAUAAAUUUGACACCACAAAAACCAACACCAUCUCCAAAGAAGAGUUCAGGGCCAUCUGUACUCGCCAUGUCCAGAUCCUGACAGAUGAUCAGUUCAACAGGCUCUGGAACGAGAUGCCAGUCAACACCAAGGGCAGGCUGCGCUGCCUGGACUUCCUGUGCAGGUUCAGCUCCGAGAGGCCAGCAACGCCACCAGCCGCUGGCGACUCCUCAGAGGCCCAGAGAGGGAGCAGUGUUCCAGAACUGUCUGAGAGGGCCAGAUCUGCCAUGUCAGCCGCAGCUCCUCAGGACCUGAGAGUGGGGCUCAAGUCCCGGAGUCACCCCUGUACUCCAGCGAGUUCGAUGGCGUCCCCGAGCGCUCUCCCCUUGCAGAACUGUGAGCCCAUAGAGAGCAAGCUCAGGAGGAGAAUCCAGGGCUGCUGGCGGCAGCUCCUGAAGGAAUGCAAAGAGAAGGACCCGAACAAACACGGGGAGAUCACCGCAGCAGAGUUCCUGGCUUUUGUGGAGAAGUUCAGCCUGGACAUAAGCAAAGAAGAGUGUCACCAGCUCAUGGUGAAGUAUGACCUGAGGAACAACGGAAAGUUUGCGUACCCUGACUUCAUCCAGAGCUGCGUCCUCAUGUUAAAAACCAAGGAAACCUCCCUGCUGCAGAGGCUGAAAAUCCAGAACGCAAACAAAAUGAAAGAAGCUGGUGCUGAGACAUCUUCCUUUUAUUCCGCGCUGCUCCGUAUUCAGCCCAAAAUCAUGCACUGCUGGAGGCCGAUGCGGCGCACGUUCAAGACCUACGAUGAGGCCGGGACAGGGCUUCUGAACGUGGCUGACUUCAGGAGGGUCCUGAGGCAGUACAGCAUCAACCUCUCGGAGGAGGAGUUCUUCCACAUCCUGGAGCACUACGACAAGACGCUGUCUUCCAAGAUCUCCUACAAUGACUUCCUCCGGGCCUUCCUCCAGUAG